UUGCAGUGAAUGGUGUGAACGGUUUGGAGACAAACAGCAACUCAUGUCUCGUGCGUUCAUUAGUGUUGAAAAUCACGUUUCAUUCACAUCUUCAGUGCAUUUGAAUGGACAUAAUUGUGUGCUCUUCAGUGUGGGUGAAGUUGAGUGUCGUUCGCAAUGAUUAGUAUAUCUGAGGCCCAGAAUGUGUUUGACUUUUUGCCACUGUUUGCGGUGAUGGUGUUGAUGCCGAUCGUGAUACUCGUGUCACCGGCGAUGGCGUUGAAUCAGUUGAACGUAUACCGCGUCCAACACUUUGAUCUCCACAACAACCGAAUCGGUUCCAGACAUUCACUCAUGAAUUUAGAGGCCAUUUCUGUUUCGCAGAUUAAGGAGAGCUUCGCCAAGAAGUGUGUGAUCGUGAGGUUGAGUGAGUUGUUGGACAAAAUGGACACUUUCCACACCAUCAUCGACCAGACAUUAGUGGCCGGUAUACUCAUCAUAUUGCCGAAGACUAUGCGCUCACUCAAUGGCCCACAAAUGGACGCCUUUUUGACUUUUGAGAAAUCUUUGGUCAGCAAAGAGAUACAAAUUCCCAUUUAUGUGAGCCAUGAGUCCAAACAGCUCUUAAAUCUCUACGAAAUGCAAUCCAAGAGAUCGGAGACCAGUGAAGAAGAAGACAUUGAAAAGUCAAACGUCAGGAAACUGUAUGAUUCAGUCAUGACUAAUGGCUAUCAAAUGGUUAUCUCCGGACCGCAGACUUCUCCAGUCAAAGACCUUAUCGUUACUAACAUUCAGGCGAAACUAAUCGGUGCCGGAGUUGAGGACCAAAUGCCGACAAUAGCAGUGGUGGCCCAUUACGACGCUUUUAGUAUGGCACCGGGUCUGUCAUUCGGCGCCGACUCUAAUGGCAGUGGAGUGGUAGCCCUCUUAGAGAUGAUUCGCUUGUUUUCGAAGCUGUACUCGAAUGCCAAGACUCAGCCCAAAGUGAAUCUCCUGUUUCUGCUGUCAGGCGCCGGAAAAUUCAAUUACUUCGGCACUAAGAAGUGGAUCGACGAGCACUUGGAUGGCAAUGAAGCGAGUCUUCUCUCGGACUCACUGUUCACUAUAUGUCUCGACUCAUUGGCCGAUAGAGACGGCAAUAGUGGCCUAAAUAUGCACGUCUCGAAACCGCCCAAAGAGGGAACUCCGGCCGCACAGCUCUUUGAAGAUCUUAAGCGAAUCGCUUCCACUUCUUUGACGCAUCCCUUCAAUGUAUCGAUGAUUCACAAGAAAAUCAAUUUAGCGGAAGAGACGCUCGCGUGGGAACACGAACGGUUUAGUAUAAGACGUCUGUCGGCCUUCACUUUGUCGGCGCUUUCAUCCCAUAAAUCGCUGCGAAGGAAAUCAUUGACUGACGUGUUUGACGAUAAACUUCUCGAUCCAUUGUAUUUGAAUAUAAACCUCAUCUCUGAAGCAGUUGCUCAUCAAAUCUACAAAGACUUUGAAUCCAAUCUCUUUGAUAGUGAUUUGCGAAUUUCUCACGCAUUCAUUAAGUCUUUGUUAUACCAAUUGAGUCGUCAGUCAAGGGCUCAACAGCUGCUCCUGAGCUCACAGAAGGGAUCCCAAGUGGAGGUCUCGCCAUUAAUCCGCAGUUUAGAGCAGAUUAUGCGCCGAUAUGUGAAUGACGUGCAAUUGAUUCACAUUAGAGUUGACAAUAAGGACAAUGAACUGGUCUUCUAUGAGCCAACACAAGCCGAACUCAACAUUUAUAAUGUAAAGCCGGCCAUUUUCGACCUAUUCGUGUCUCUGGCUAUCACCAUAUAUUUGGCAAUUUUCUUUGCAAUCGUUUCGAAUUUCCAUCACUUGAAUUCAUUGACAAAACGAGUGGUCACUUCCAACGGCUAUAAUUCAAAAUUUCAAUGAACUUUCGGGUCAUUUGAUGUAACAUAUAAUGAGCGCCACUUAUAUUGUACAGUAGGAUAUCGUUUGAUAAGUAAAAGACAAACAAAUUAUUUAAUAUAAUUUUAAAUCAAGAGAUAAUAAUAUUAAUAACAAAACAUUAACUCAUAAAUUGAAAGAACAUUUAAAACAAAGUGUUGAGAGAGUAAGCGAUUAAUUAAACUUUUUUUUAUAUUUUAAACAAUAUUAUAGUUGUUUUAGAUUUUAGGAAUUAAUUAUAAGUAAUAAAUAUUUAGUCAGAAAUAAAAACAAACAUUUGGUGUGAUUAUAGAUAAUCGAGUGAAGAACUGAUAGCAUAGUAUAAGUGAUGCGUUUCUAUUGAAAUCUGUUUGCUAUUUGUAUGACUACUUAAACGAUGCAAUAAUUAUAUAUUUAUUUAGAAUUAGAGAACAAUUAAAAUAUAAAAUCUUAUUAUUUAA